ACAUACACUACGCGUUCUUGUGGGGCUCUGUGGACCUGAGUAGUGCGCGCUUUCCACGGUGACACUGUAGUUCAAAUCAAUUGUCGCAUUCGAAUGGUCGAAAUUGUGUACACUUGCGGCCAAAUAGACGAGUGUCUUGUGUGUUGUGUAUACACGAAGAAUCGAACCAGCGCCGGUUAUCAACACUGAAGGUCGGCGGAGACACACAUACUACACCCCUGCUCCCCGUGUGGCGUUGUUUAUCGUGCUGUUGAUUUUGAUAAUUAUCGAACCAAAUUUUUGAGCAAACGCACGAGCCGGGCCGCACAAGAUCACGCGGUCCAAACGGUCCAAAAACGGAACGGCCCACAGCGGGCAGUGUGGAUGCGCGACCAAUCCAGAGGUGUUGCGUUCCCGUGUUGGGGUGAUUGGAAUUUCACGACCAGGACAAGGUUGCAAAUUGAACAAGAUUAAACCAGGGGACGGGUGUGCGGUAUUCAGGUGAAAGCAUUCCUUGACUGAUUGGAGGACGCUUCUUCAACCAGGCACUCAACUCAGCUGGCUGCAAAUGUUGCGAUUCAGCGGAUCGAACUGGUUCACCAGGCCACACUCCCGCCGAAAGAGUGGGAAAAAAGUAAAGGUAACCUUCUCGGACCAGCUCGACACGACCGCCAGCGACGACGGCAGUGGUGGCAGUGUGCCGUCUACGAGCCCGAGCCCUUCCACUUCCGCCCAGGCCCGGUGGCGCUAUCUGGAGCAGAUCUUCGUACCGCCCAGUCCGGAAGCGGCACCGAACCGUUCGGGUCCGGCGUUCGACCGUACCAGCAGUUUGCGGCAGAGCGGUACCAGCUACGCAUCGGUAGGGAGCGCCAGCAGUGGCCCGUACAAUAGACGACCGCCGCCACAGCGAAAAGUAGGCCAGAAGAUGGCAGACUGCGAGAAGGAGGAAGCCCUAAAUCUGCAGGUGGAAUUCGAGUGGGUGCUACACGAGGAGGUCCAUUCGGUGCUGAAGCAGCUGCACGUUAUCCUGGUGGAGUGUGCCCACCGAUUUCCGGUCCCGCUGUACGGUAACGAGGGCAAGAAGCAGGACAAGUUUGUGCUGACGGCCGCACCGGAACAGCUCAAGUGUAUCGUCACGCUUACCGGGGACAGCAUAACGCAUGCGGACAUCAACUUUAAGGUGCAGCGGCAGCAGCAACAGAUCCAGCGCACCUCCAUCACCCAGGACUACCCGUGGAAGAUACAGCAGGUGCAGGAUGCGGCCAACCACCUGCAGCAGGCGAUCAACCACAUCGACAACGUGGACAGUGCGUACCAUUUCAAGACGUCCGACGAGGUGCUGCACAUACUGGGCAACAUUCUCGGGGCGUUGCAGCGCGGCCGCACCUCGCUCGUCGUGCCCCGCAAGAAGCCGAUCGACGAGCUGAUGAAAAGCCGCAACAUGAAGGCGCUGUCGCCGAACCUGCCGGAAGAUUUAGCGAUCAGCUUCUACAUCCAGAGCCACAAGCUGAUCUUUGUCGCGUACCAGCUGACCAACUUCCAGGGCACGAUGAAGUUCGACUCGUGCCAGGCGGAGUGCUCCGUACCGUGGCUGAACGAGGUGCUGGUGCUGUUUACCGUCGCGCUGCAGCUGUGCCAGCAGCUGAAGGAUAAGAUAUCAGUAUUCUCGCAGUAUAAGGACUUCACCGUUGGAUCGCGCUCACCGUCAGCACUGUCCUACUGAUGCCAGGUGCGCUCAGCAAGCGGUUGCGUACCAUGUCUAUCGUAGACAUUGCAAAACCGUCCGGAUCGUUUGGUCGAGCCGUGUUCAAUGCAGACAACCAGAUCGAACAAACCGCCACCUCUCUUUAUGCGGCAGGAUAUAUAAGGUGAACGCAUAAGAGGAGGAAAACCAAAAAAAAAAAAAAAAAGGGUAGUUAAAUAUACCACACGGUCGCCGUACCGCACUGCUGUAUAAGACUCGCGGAAAUACUCUGGCUCCCAACCCGGUCGCUACUUCGGAUUUUCUUGCAGUCGUGUUGUUGGGAAUGCGUGUAUACUUGAUGUUUGUUAUUAUUCAAUCAACACAAAAAGCGCUAAUCCCGUUGUUAUUGCAUUAGCCUGUAAGCACUAUCCAAAAACAAAAAUACCUGUUUCAUCAAUCGUAUUCGAGGUUUUCGUGUUGUGUAUAAUCGACAACCGCGCCGGUAUUCCAAUCAGGGUUUGCUCCUUUCACAAAAUUCGAUUCCUUAGUGCCAUGAUUUUGCGGAAAGGAGAUUUUAAGCGAUGCAGCAAUACAUUUGAUCGUUACUAAAUCGAGAUAUACAAGGAAGUAAUUGGCAGUGUGCGUGUUUGUGUGUUCGAAUCACCAUUCAAUCGGUUAGUUGUGAACAAAGUCAGUAGAAAUGUCCCUGAAACCACAGUCCUUUUCCUUCCUAUUUCGAAAAGGUGUAAUCUGUACUUAUAUAAAUUGGCAGAAAGGAUAACAUAAUACACACAUUGGGCGAAUGCGAUAACUUAAGCCAACAAUAAUCCUAACCGUAGAAUUAGUCUGCCAAAAUUAUAAAUCUACACGCAAACCGAAAGAAAACUAUAUUAACAUCUGGGCUGGAAAAAAAACCCACUGAGGCACAACAGAUCGUCGUUUACAACACAAAACAUUGUGAUAAUGCCAAAUAAAAAGAAGAAGAAAAAAAUGAAAUACAAAAAGAACAAACACAAAACAAAACAAAAACAGCCCCAAAACAAUGCAAAUUACGCAAAGGGAAAACAGCAAAUCCACGCGGUGCACCUGUAUAUAGAAUUAGCUGCGUCGUAUAAUAUAUAUGACUGAUGUUGAACGUCGUUGGAUUAGCGGAAUCUCAAAAAAUAUUUAAAAUACAAAAAAAGGAAAUUAAAUUUACGAAAUUUCGGAGUUAUUGCUUAGACUUUUUCGGAAAAGAAAAAAUAAACAAUUGGCUAUUGCGCGUAGGAUAUAGUGUCAUAAUAUGAAAAAAAAAGUUAGCUAGCUAGAACAAACAUUGGACACAUAUUAUGCUUUAGUUGAAUUGCAUAAGUCAUUAGCUGUCCUUAAUGUAACUGUACUGAUAGGCAGUGUAAGCUAUUUCCCGGGUUUGACUUGUUGUUGUUUCCCUUCAAUUUUUUUCGUGCCUUAUUUCAUCCGAUUCGUUAUCUAGAGUCUAUUUGAUUACGAUUGAGCAGUUUUUUGUGUUGUAUAGCAUUUACAAGAUAGAAUACAGUUAGGCGUAAUAAGAUAGAGGAAGGAACAAAGCCUUAACUUGAGUUGUACUUUUAUUUUAAAAUAAAAUGUUAAUCGUUCCUAAUCAAUCGACGAUUGACGAUGUGUUAUUGUACAUCGGUUUAUGUUUUUUUUUUUACUUUCACGUUGUGCUUCUAUUGUGUAUGUUUGUGUGUGCAAGUAAACAGAAAGAUCUCAAUACAAACAAAUUGCUGGUAUAUCCCGUUCCGAGCCGAUACAUUGAGCGACAAAUUCUAGUCACGAUAAAACAAUGAAAAGAAACAAAAACACAAACAUUAAGAUUACAAAUUAAACGAACAAACUAAAACAUACGGUGAUGGGAUGGUUUUUAAGCAUAAUGAUACGUUCAUAGUUGAAGAAAGUCAAUUGCGUUAGUGAAUUUUAAUGCGCUUCAAUGUUUAAGCCCUAUCCCAUUUGCUUCGUAUUUGUUCGGUUGAAGUAAAAGAAGAAAAUAAUCUUACCUUAAAUAUUGUGUGCCCCUCACGAAACAUUACAAAACGCACUUAUCCAGACAAAACUUCGUACUAAAAAUGUUCAUUGAUUUUUCCACGAAAUGAUGAAAUUGAACUGGACUGCGAAUAAAAACAUGAAACUAAAUGGGAAUGAAUGGUAAAACGUGAAAAAUUAAACAUGAAAUUAAAUAAUGCUGAUAAAAAUGUACGAAAUCUGUAAAUUACGAUCGUAAUCUGUGUCGAACUUGGAUGGAACAGUACUGGAAGUGAAAUAUGUUUGCAAAACGGUCCUUAGGACAAGCGUAGGUUUCCCCGCACCCCCAUAUAGCAAUAAUACAGUGGUGUAAGGCUCGAAAGUAGUUUACUUGGUAAAGCUUAACAAAUAGCGUUCGAUAACAAAAGCAUACCAGAGCAAGGAAUGUAAAGAAAAAAUAAAAACGUUACAGAACAGCAAGGACAAUAAUAACAUAAACUGCUGGACGAAUCUGUCGUAGAAUGUGAAGAACGUAACAAACUAAAAGGACAAAAACAACAAAAGUUGAAUAGUAUUUCCACAACAUAACACGAACCUGUUACAUGCUUAAGAAAAGUGAAGCUGAAUAAUUUGAUUUUGGAUAACUGUAGCCGUUUAAAAUGUUAACAAAACAGAACAAACAAAAAAACAGUUGUGUCCGGAAUUGUUCGCUUUGGUUUGAAACGGUACUUGGCACGAGACGCGUUCAAACAAAUCAAACCUUAAGAGCUGAUUACAAUCGCCGGAAGCGUUGCGGUGGCCAGUGGUAGAUCCACGCAGCAAAUAGCAAUAGAAACGAGCAUGAUAACAACCACAAUAAUAUUUAAUUGAAAUAAUAACAGGGAAAAAACAUCAAA